AACUUUUGUCUUUUCGUAUUUAUCUUCUGCUAGUUUUUUCGUUUGUGGUUGUUGUGAGUCGAUUCAAAAAUUGAAAUAUAUCUUUUCGGUGUGCUUAGCAAGUAGUUUACUUUGCCAUAUUCUAUUUGAUUCUCUUGGAGUAAAAUUUCCUUCGUGUAGAAGUCGUUAUUGAACGUAGCCACUCAACAUAUUGAAAGUGCCUUGUAAGCUGGUGGCGGGGCAAUGUCCAAUUCGGCUGGUGUUAAGAAACCUUCUAAAGCAAACUAUAAAUUGAAAUAUAAGCUCCUUAAACGCUGUGUCAAAGAAAUUGUGCUGGAAAAUGCUGCUCUAUGUGACAGAGCCUCAGAAAUGCAGCAUCAAAUCUUAGUGGCCCAAGAAGAGAGGAAGUUCUUAUGGAAAAAAUACACAGCAACCCAAGGAAACAACUUCAUUAGUGAAGACAUGUUGAUGAACUCUGGAGCACCAAGUCAACCAGUAACUGAACAGAAGAAAACAAGAAGAACUCCAACACAGAAAAAUAGUAGUUCCUCAAAACCACGCCAAAGCCUUUCUUCAAGGCCAAAACAAAAGAGAAAAUUGGAUGAAACUCCAAGUAAUGAUACAGCUAUAAUAGCAAAUGGCUAAAUUGCAACAAUAAUAUUGAAUUGAAAUUUUCUGUGUCAAACAUUUAAUAAACAUAAGAUGUUAACAAAAGAA